UUUGUGUUUAACUAAAACAAUAUUAUAACCUAUUGUCGAUCAUAAACAGAUCUAUCGAUAGCGAAUAUGUUUAAAAUUGCGUCACUUAUUCUAAUCAUAUCCAUUAUUGCUCCUCUUGUAAUUGGAGGCCAGGAUUCAGCUAUUGAAUGGCGACCAUUUAAUGGAUUACCAGAUGACCGUGCAAUAGUAAUUCAAAUCCAAACUGAAUAUACCCCAACUAUUUACAUUGGCCUAGCACACGUUAUUGAUGAUGUAGCUCAGUCUGAAGCUUAUCUUCCUGUAAAUUUGGUUGAAGGUUUCGACUAUGCAAACGUAACUUUAAAUGAUAAAAGCUAUUUAGUUAAGGAAAAUCUUCAGAUUCUAUGUUUUAAAAACCCUACUUACUUGUCAUGGAAAUGGACAAAAGCAGAAAAUUUUGAUGACUUAUUGAAUGAUCCUACUUUUGCCCCCAUCGUGGCUGGUUGGGAGGCAAAUUCAAUAUUAGGAUACAACGCAACGGUAUAUAUGGGAGUGGGUGACAUUCCAGCUUUGGGAGGGAACAAUGUAGGAAAAGUAUAUCAUGGUCUACCAGAAACAGAUAAUGGUCGAAAGGAUGGUGGUUUAUACAUAGAUAGGACAGGUGUAUCUGCUGAAUAUACCAUUGGUGGCGGUCGUUUUCUUGUACCAGUUAAUAUUAGAUAAUAUAAUGUAAUGUAAUAAACCUAAAUUAAAUGACCACAUAGUUC